CGGAGAGCGGAGGGAUACGGACAGCGGCGGCUCGUCUUCCCGGAUGUUGUGUCUUUCUGUUUGUCAGCAGUGAAACAUGUCUCACGUUAAAGUUUACGUUGACAAACUGAACGCUGUCUGUGAGCGUUACAGUGAAUACGUGAGCAGAAAUCCAGCUGUUACGGCGCAGCUGGAGAACACAGUGCGGACUUUGUCCUACCUGAUCGCAGGCCGGUUCGCUGAUUCCCACGAAAUAUCUGAACUCGUCUACUCCGCGUCCAACCUGCUGGUUUUGUUCAACGACAGCAUCCUGCGGAAGCGGCUGAGACGAGCCCCGCCCACGCCUGUCUCUCAGCAGAGACUCCUGACCUGGCUCUCCGUGUUGGAGCACGUGGAGGUUUUUCUGGAGAUGGGAGCCAACAAACUGUGGGGUGAAUCCGUCCGCUGGCUGGUCAUCGCUCUCGUGCAGAUUUUUAAGGCGAUUUUUCGCAUCCUGCUUCUUCUGUGGUACAAAUCUGGCAUCCAGACUUCACCUCCCAUAAUCCCACUGGACAGAACUAAAGACCUGGAAGAUGACAAGCAGCAAGACGGCGGCUGUUUCGUGGGUCAGAGGUCAGGCAGAGUGAUUAGGCCACUAGGCAGCGCGCCGUCCCAGCAGGCCUGGCUGUGGGGAGUACCAAGUCAAACGCUCAGCAGGUUGAAGGAGGAGAAGCUUCACAGCAUGCCAACGCCACUCGGCCUUCAGGAGACAAUCGCUGAGUUCGUCUACAUCGGACGACCUCUUUUGCACUUGCUCUGCCUCGGACUGUGUGGAAAACAGUCGUGGAAGCCGUGGAUCAUCUCUGGGGUUCUUGAAGUUUCCAGCUUUGCGGUGCUCAGAGACACCAAAUUCCAGAACCGAUGGGAACGCGUCGAGAUGAGGCGGCGAGCCUUCCUGCUGCUGUACUACCUGCUGCGGUCGCCCUUCUACGACACGUACUCAGAGGAAAAGCUUGUUUUCCUGCUCAGACUCCUGGCAGAUCACAUUCCAGGCGUCGGCCUCGUGGCACGUCCUCUCAUGAGUUACCUUCCUGUCUGGCAGAAGAUCUACUUCUACAACUGGGGAUGAACUUCUGAGUUUUAACAAAUGAAAAUCACAAGACAAAAUAAAGAGGACACAGGUCGAUCCCACAGACUACCGGAAACCUGCCGCCACGUUUCCCUAAGGUCACCAACAACUCAGUCAGAUCCAGAAAUGUUUGAACUCUAAAUUAUUUAAAGUGUCUGUCACUGCAUAGUGGACUUUAACCCAAAUAAUAACUGAUGUAAACAUAAAGUCCAGGCAGACAUUUUUAAUAUUGACACUACAUACAGGAUUG